UGCUGUGGAACAGUUUACGCUCAACUUAGAUUUCAAAGAGUUAUACAAAAAGCAAAUACCUGCUACCAACGGACAUUUCUGUGUCGGCUGUGAAUGGAUUAAAAACAAAAUAUUGAAAAGUGAUUAUCGAAAAUUACUUGACAUUUGAAACAAUCUAACGCAAAAUAAACUUCCUUGCAAAUGCUCGUUUGGAAUGAUAGUCAAGAUACCAAUUUUAAAUUCAUUUGAUUCAUUUUCCUAUACAAUACUCCGCGUGCUGUAAACAUUUCUAAAGAAAAGUGAUAAAUUGUGAUAUAGUAUUCUGAAUAAGUCGUAAGGAUUUUCUUGUCCUUUAUUGAAACUGAACAGGAAACAGCGAUUAAAUAUUGAAAUUAUUUAUUUGUUUAAAAAAAAACUCCACCUUAAAAAUAGUAAAUUUACGUGAUAAUGCUUACAACUGGUUUGGAAAAUAACAUCAACGCAUCUAGUCCCGCUCACACAAAUAAAGGACGUACAUCAUGGAAUCUGAAAACCUCGACUUUGGCUAAAGACACCAUAAAUCGUAUUCGCAUUAUUGUGGAAUCAUUGAAAAUUUCUCCGAAUCCAGACAAACCAAUGAUACCCUUGACAAUUGGCGAUCCCACGACUUUUGGUAAUCUUAAGGCCUCUGAUGAGACCAUAAAAGCCGUUUUGAAGUCCAUUGAAAGUGGUAAAUACAAUGGUUACGCUCAUACGCAAGGGCAUGAAUUUGCUCGCCGAGCUAUUGCCAAAUACAGUGCCCAUCAGAGUUCGGAAGAAAUAAAACCCGAGAAUAUUUGCAUAACCAGUGGUUGUUCAGCGGCAUUGGAAUAUUCGAUUUUGGCUUUAGCCGAGAGGGGUCAAAAUAUUUUGAUACCUCGUCCAGGUUUUUGUUUAUAUCAAACAUUGACCGAAGGUCUGGGCAUACAAGUGCGUUUCUACGAUCUAUUGCCGGAAAAACAAUGGGAAUGCGAUUUGCAACAAUUGGAAUCGUUGAUUGAUGAAAACACUGCCGCCCUUGUUAUUAACAACCCCAGCAAUCCUUGUGGCAGUGUUUUCAGCAAAAAACAUUUGGAAGAUAUUUUGGCCAUCUGUGAGAAAUACUAUUUGCCCGUUAUUGCCGAUGAGGUCUAUGAACAUUUUGUUUUUCCUGGAUCCAAACAUUAUGCUGUCAGUUCUCUGUCAAAGAAUGUUCCAGUUCUAUCGUGUGGUGGUUUAACGAAACGUUUUAUUGUACCUGGCUGGCGUACCGGCUGGGUGAUAAUUCAUGAUCGCGAAAAUCGCAUAGCUGAAGUUGCCAAGGGAUUGCGAAGUUUGUGUGGUCGAAUUUUGGGUUCCAAUACUUUGAUUCAAGGUGCUCUGCCAGAUAUUUUAGAGAAAACCCCACAAAGUUAUUUCGACAGCGUCAUUGAUAUACUAAGCGAAAAUGCCAAUCUAGCAUAUGGAAUGCUCAAGAAGAUUCGCGGCUUGAACCCCAUUAUGCCCAACGGCGCCAUGUAUAUGAUGAUAGGAAUUAAUAUCGAACAAUUUCCCGAAUUUAAGGAUGAUACGCAUUUCGUUCAGGAGUUAGUGAAUCAACAAAGUGUUUUCUGUCUGCCUGGCAGCUGUUUUGAAUAUCCCAAUUUUGUGCGUAUCGUCUUAACUGUUCCCAAAGAGAUGAUUGAAGAAGCCUGUGCUCGUAUUGCCGAAUUCUGUGAAGUCCACUACAAGGUGGAUAAUACAAUAAUCGAAAAUAAUCUACUUGGAGAAAUUCCGUACUAAAGAGAGUGGAAAUUUUUUGUCUGUAAAUGGCUGGGAUUAGUACGCGAUGCUUGAAAUCUCUUAAAAAUAAACAAUAUAGACUAAGUUUAAUGCAUUUACUUUUACUAGCUGUAGUAGUUAACAUAUUAAGAAUUAAAUUCUAUUAUUUAUGAAUAAAAAUAACAAUAUUUUGUUAUGAGAAUUAAC